AUGUCCACCAAUCAGGCAGCACCAAUCGAUCUGUAUCGUCAAAUGAAUAGACAAGAUCUGCCUGCGAGCUAUAGACAGGGUGCUACGUCGACCACUUUGAUGGAGCGUCCCACAGAGAAGGAAGACAUGGGCACCGAGGAGACUCGGGUCUCCAGACCUUCGAGCAGAGACCAGUCAUCGAGACGCAUCGCAUGUGACAUCUGUAGAGGACGCAAGGUUCGCUGCGAUCGAGUCCAUCCAGUAUGCGGCCGGUGUCGAAAACUGGGACACAAAUGCGGAUACACGGCGCACCGCAAGCCCGACACAGUCAAGCCCAAUAUCUCGCAAGCCUUAAUAACCCUGCAUGAGCGACUAGCUCAGACGGAAGCACAAUUGGCCUUAACGCAGCGGGCUAUUCCGCACAUCGGCCCGUCCAGCAACCUUGCAGCAAGAGCAACGGACAGCCAACUCCGCUUGUCAAUUGAUCACACGGAGUCUCAAUUACCAUCAGGAAUGGUUUCACCACGAGAAUUGAAUUUUCAAUAUGAACCAUUCAAAAACUUCGAUUCCCAACAGUCGUUGAUCGACCGGGCCUUUGAUAUGUGGCACCAACCAAAUUUCGACUUUGAUAGCAUUAUAGCCCCAACAGAAGGGUUUGAUUAUACUUUCGAUAUGAUAGAUAACGCUUCAUUCCCAUCGCUUGUGCCAUCAGUGAGCACUGACUUCACGGCCGGCGAUAUCGAGCCAGUGCCUGAGAAUGUGAACUUACAAGUCUUUCAUCAAUCGUAUUUCAAUUACGUCCAUGCCGUAUUGCCAAUGGUCAACCGUCAUCGUUUCUUCAGUGAGCUGGAGGUCUCCAGUCACCGGCCGGAGAUGAAAAGUCUCAGCUACUCAAUUGCAUUGCUUGGCGCUACAGUUACCCCGGAGCAGGUAGAAGCCGAGAGGAACUUCUAUCAUCAUGCCAGGAAGUAUCUCAGCAUGGCCGAGGGUGAUGAUGAAGCGCCUGGCUUUAAUUCUCUUAAUAUGCUGCAGGCAGUCAUUCUAAUUGCAUACUAUGAAUUUCGGAGGACGUCCUUUGCUCGUGCUUGGUUAAGUCUCGGCCGAGCAAACCGUCUGGCCAAGAUGCUCGGACUUCACACAAUGGACCAAGAUGACAAGAGCAAACCUAGGUCGAACUUCGUCCUCCCCUUGCCGGAGCCAGCAGGACUGGCCGAUUUGGAAGAACGAAGACGGUCAUUCUGGGUUCUAUUUACAUUUGACGCUUAUGCAAGUAUUCGUACAGGAUCCAAAACGAGCAUUGACGACGAAGAGAUUUCUACCGCCCUUCCUUGUCCCGGCGACUAUUCCGAUAGCAACCUAGGGCUAAAAAUGCCUCCCCUUAGCAGAGCCGUAAACAUAGCCGACAGAAUGUUACUUUCUUCCUUUGCUGGCAUCGUCCUCAUGGCAUACCUGUAUCGUCGGUGCCACAACCACUUCAUUGCUUCACAAAAACAAGACUCGACUGGCGACCUGAACUACAGUUUCUGGCAGUACCAUUACCAGAUUGAUAAGGACCUGAGCUUUCACAGCACGGACUUGCUUAACCACCUCCAACCUAUCAAUCACAUAGGCGAUCCGUUAGCACUAAGCUUACACGCGAAUCUAUGCGCCAUACAAAUCACAUUACACGAACAUGCCAUCAAAAAGGUACAAAACGACGGCCUUCCGGAUCUAUUGAGGGUAGAAAGCCAGAACCGUUGCACCAGCAUCGCGAUCCAAGUCGCGGCAUACGCUAAAAUUAUAUCACAACUACAAAAUUCCAAGGUGAGCAACAGUCAGUCUAAAGCCAGAGGACCAAUGAACUUGCCUGUUGACUUCACAUUCUUCACUGCUACAAAGUGGAUCUCAAACACUUUUCUGAUGUGGCCAUUUUCCGUUGCCUCGCAAGCGUUACUUCGUCAAUUGAACGAACCUACAAGCAAUGUCGGGGAGGUCGCGACGCUGUUGCACCAAUUGUGGUGCAUUAUGCAGCAAUUGAAGGAUGAGUCGGGGAAUUGGGACAAUUUGAUGGAGACUAUUGCAAGGGAACUAUCUCAUAUGGGGAUUCUGGUUGCCAGCGAUCCGCCAGUAUUACACGAUGCGCUUGGUAUGGACACGGAUAGAAUGCCUGGUGAGGACAUGCAGCAUUAG